CUCUCGGCGGUAGCUUAAACUACGUUUCCCAGGAUCCUGUUGGCCGGAAACUUCCGCUGUCGUCAGCGGAAGCAGUGACUUGAUUUGGCCCAGCCACACACAGGCGGGCUUGGUCACUAUGGAGGAGAUAGGCAUCUUGGUGGAGAAGGCUCAGGAUGAGAUCCCAGCACUGUCUGUGUCCCGGCCCCAGACUGGCCUGUCCUUCCUGGGCCCUGAACCUGAGGACCUGGAGGACCUGUACAGUCGCUACAAGAAGUUGCAGCAAGAGCUGGAGUUCCUGGAGGUGCAGGAGGAGUACAUCAAGGAUGAGCAGAAGAACCUGAAGAAGGAAUUCCUCCAUGCCCAGGAAGAGGUGAAGCGAAUCCAGAGCAUCCCACUGGUUAUUGGGCAGUUUCUGGAAGCUGUGGAUCAGAACACAGCUAUUGUGGGCUCUACCACAGGCUCCAACUAUUAUGUGCGCAUCCUGAGCACCAUUGAUCGGGAGUUGCUCAAGCCCAAUGCGUCAGUGGCCCUUCACAAGCACAGCAAUGCCUUGGUGGAUGUGCUGCCUCCUGAGGCUGAUAGCAGCAUCAUGAUGCUCACCUCAGACCAGAAGCCAGACGUGAUGUAUGCAGACAUCGGAGGCAUGGACAUCCAGAAGCAGGAGGUGCGGGAGGCUGUGGAGCUUCCGCUUACACACUUCGAGCUCUAUAAGCAGAUUGGCAUUGAUCCUCCCCGAGGUGUCCUCAUGUAUGGCCCACCUGGCUGUGGGAAGACCAUGUUAGCAAAGGCUGUGGCACAUCACACAACAGCUGCAUUUAUCCGGGUUGUGGGCUCGGAGUUUGUACAGAAGUACCUGGGUGAGGGCCCCCGCAUGGUCCGGGAUGUGUUCCGCCUGGCCAAGGAGAAUGCACCCGCCAUCAUCUUCAUAGAUGAGAUUGAUGCCAUUGCCACCAAGAGAUUCGAUGCCCAGACUGGGGCUGACAGGGAGGUCCAGAGAAUCCUGCUGGAACUGCUGAAUCAAAUGGAUGGAUUUGACCAGAAUGUCAAUGUCAAGGUAAUCAUGGCCACAAACAGAGCAGAUACCCUGGAUCCAGCCCUGCUGCGGCCAGGGCGCCUGGACCGUAAAAUUGAAUUCCCACUCCCUGACCGCCGCCAGAAGAGGUUGAUUUUCUCCACCAUCACCAGCAAGAUGAACCUCUCUGAGGAGGUUGACUUGGAAGAUUAUGUGGCCCGGCCAGAUAAGAUUUCAGGAGCUGAUAUCAACUCUAUCUGUCAAGAGAGUGGAAUGUUGGCUGUCCGUGAGAACCGCUACAUUGUCCUGGCCAAGGACUUCGAGAAAGCAUACAAGACUGUCAUCAAGAAGGAUGAACAGGAACAUGAGUUUUACAAAUGAUCCCCCUGCCCCAUACACCACCCCACAUCACACGGCUGGGGCUUCUGUCACCUCCCUAGGUACCUCUAUCCCCAAACCUAGUUUUCUUUUCUUUUUACCCAGGAUUUGUUUGUUCAAUAAAUGGACUGGAUUGAAUC